UGAUGAUGAGAUUAGGUGAAAAAUAUUAGGCCGGUGAUCACACGCUUGAUUUUAUGUUCUAAAAGUAAUUUAUUAUCAAUUAGUUGUGUGACAACGUUGACAUGUCUGUGAACAGUUUAUUUACAAAGUCGGGCUACGUGACAGCCCCCUUAGCGAACGGGGUGGGUCGUUAUAUUCCGCAGUGUCUGCGAAUGACCAUCAAAUUCUGCAAGUCGCACGGAGGCAGUCGCGGAGUUCGGGAGUUCAUUGAGAAUCACUUGGUUGAAUUUGCUCGACAGAAUCCUGGGACAGUGGUUUAUCUCAAACCUCGACGACAUAGAAGCCCUGUCGUGGUCGCAGAGUAUUUAAAUGAAGGUCGUGAGUGGAUGCCACUUCAUGACAUGCCCUGUGAAGAAAUAAUCAAAUGGUUAGGAGUACUGAGGACAUCUGCAGGAUAUGGAGAAAUGCAUUAUCGAAGUUAUCAACACACAGAUACACCAUCCAUACAAGGCCCGUGGACCCCUUUCACUCAUCAGCCACCAGAAAAGAACAUUAUGACUUUCCCCAAUGACGCAUGCCAGGACCCACCAUUGCUGAAACCUAGUGCUACAGAAAUUAUUAAGAAAAUGUAUCAAAACCAGUCUUAGUCUGCGUGGUAAUAUGUAAGAUUAUGCUUACUGACAAAGCGUUUUUUGUAUGUGCAGAAAGUAGCGUCUCUAUAUAAUAAUUAGUAUUCCUGGUAAUUUUAAGAAUUUAUAUUAAGAAUUUAGUACAUGUAUUUAUGUUUGUAGUAUGUGUGUAUGUUUUUAUUGGAUAAAUAUUGAAAGACA